ACCUACUUUAAGAGGCAGCACUGUACCAGUCUCUCUGUCAUCCAGAAGCUGUCUAGGAUUAGACAAGUUCAAGAAACCUGAGGGAAGCUGGGACUGUGAAGUGUGCCUAGUGCAGAAUAAAGCAGAUUCUACCAAAUGUGUAGCAUGUGAAAGUGCAAAGCCAAGCACAAAAUCUGAGUUUAAAGGCUUUUGCACAUCUUCCUCAUCUUCAAACCCAGCCGCCUCGUCCUUCAAAUUUGGUUGCCCAUCAUCCUCUUCUGGGCCUUCUCAGACUUCAGCAAGCACUGGAAGUUUUAAAUUUGUAGAUCAGGGAGGAUUAAAAACAGGUGUGCCAUCUGAUUCUGGGUCUAUAAACCCCAUGAGUGAAGGCUUUACAUUUUGUAAACCAGUAGGAGAUUUUAAAAUUGGAGUUUCAUCAGACUCUAAAUCUGAAGAAGUUAAAAAAGACAGUGAGAAUGACAAUAAUUUUAAGUUUGGACUUUCUUCUGGUGUAGGCAGCCCAGUUUCUUUAACUCCAUUUCAAUGUGGGGUGUCUAAUCUUGGGCAACAAGAAAAGAAAGAGGAACUGUCUAAAUUUUCCCCUUCAGGCUUUAGCUUUGGUACAGGUAUUACCAACCCCACCCUUGUUGCUACUAAUGCCGUCGUGACCUCUGAGAACAAGAGCAGUUUCAACUUUGGAACCAUAGAAACCACGAGUGUUUCAGUGGCUUCUUUCUCAUGUAAGACAUCGGAAACAAAAAAAGAAGAAAUGCCUGCCACCAAAGGAGGGUUCACGUUUGGCAGUAUGGAAGCUGCUUCUCUGCCAUCUGCUUCAAUGUUUGUUUUGGGAAGGACAGAAGAGAAACAGCAAGAGCCUGUCACUUCUCCUUCCCUAGUUUUGGGGAAGAAAGCUGACAACGAAGAACCAAUGUGUGAACAUGAACAAGUGUUUUCCUUUGGGAAUUCAGAGCAAACCACAGAUGAGAGUUCUUCACAGCCCACAUUUAGUUUUGGUAUGGCAGAAACAUCUGAGAUGGAAAUUGAACAGCCAGUAAUGGCAGAAACAUCUGAGAUGGAAACUGAAUAGCCAGUAACUUUUGCUUUUGGAGCUCUAACCAAUACUACAGCUGAUCAAGGUGCAGCAAAGCCAGUUUUUAGUUUCUUGAACACUUCUUCUAGUUCAAGUACACCAGUGACUUCUGCUGGUGGUGGUGUGUUUGGUAGUUCUUUCUCUUUCUCCAAUCCACCCGUGGCUGCCUUUCUGUUUGGAUAGGCCAUCAAUCCUGUGAGCAACUCUGCCUUUGGUAACACUGCUGAAUCCAGUACAUCUCAGUCUUUGCUAUUUUCUCAAGUUAGCAAGCCAACAACCACAUCUAGCACAGCUACAGCUGCCACGCCAUUUGUCUUUGGUUCAGGAACCAGCAGCAAUAAUACUGCAGCCUAUGGUUUCAACUUAGGACCAACAGCCACAUCUAGCUCUACAGGAUCCUCCUUUACGUUUGGAACUGGACCUUCAGCACCAUCUGCCAGUCCAGCAUUUGGUGCUAAUCAGAUGCUAACAUUUGGACAAAAUCAAGGUGCCAGCCAGCCUAAUCCCUCAGGCUUUGGAUCUACACCACCGUCCACAGCAUUAUUUUCUGCUGGUUCUCAGCUGGCACCACCUACUUUUAGGACAGUGUUAAGCAAUAGUCAGCUUCCUGUGUUUGGUCAGCAACCUAGUCUGUCUGCAUUUGGCGCUGGAACAGCUCCUAAUUCCAGUCCAGCUUUCCACUGUGGCAGCAGCACUACAAAUUUCAACUUCACAAACAAUAAUCCAUCAAGAGUGCUCAUAUUUGGUACAAAUGCUAGCACACCUGCAGCCUCAGCCCCACCUUCUGGCUCAGGAGUCUUUCCAUUUAACUGGACUUCAGCAGCAUUCACAGUAAGGUCAAAUAGGAAAAAUAAGUUCUCUUCUUCUGGAACUUCAGUUUCUGGUCGCAAGAUAAGGACUGCCAUUAGACGCCAGAAAUAA